UUAUUUUGUAAAUGCGUGCGAUCAAUUUUUACUUAUUCAUUUUAUUUUGUAAUUUUGUUAGGCGUAGAUCCAAAAAGAAAUUCAGGAGUAAAACUGAAGGUGUUCAUUACCCUGUGAUAAAUCUAUUAGCUGUGAUAGAGCAGACAUACCACAAUGUCUACAUACACGUGUAUAACAUGCCAGGUCCUUUUCAAAACAGCUGAAUUACAGCGUGAGCAUUAUAAGUUGGACUGGCACCGAUACAACUUAAAAAGAAAGGUAGCUUCCAUACCUCCAGUAACGUUGGAGGAAUUCGAGCUACGAGCAAAAGAACAUAGGGAGCAGAGUCAAAAUGCUGAUCGUGAUGAAUCCGAGUACUGCCGAUAUUGCUCAAAGUUAUUCAACACCAAAAACGCGUUUAACAACCAUUUGAAUAGUAAAAAGCACAAGUUGGCUGAAGAAAAGAAUUUGGGCAGUGAUAAGCUUUCAUUUACUAAGAAGGAUAAUCCCAGUCCAUCUGACAGUGAUAGUUUUGAAAAAAUUGAAGCUGCAAAAGCUUUACAACCUGGAAAAUUUGUUGUGGUAAACGCUGAGGAUUCAGCAGAAGAGGAUAUUGAGACAGAUUCUGAAAUAGAAGAGCUUGAUUCUGAUGAAUGGGAUGAGCUGCGAGUCAAGGGCAGUGACUCUCUCAUCAAACCAAAAGACUGUCUGUUUUGCAGCCAACACAGCAAGAACAUGGUGAAGAAUUUAAAACACAUGUCUGCUGCCCACUCCUUCUUCAUUCCAGAUGUUGAAUAUUGUGUGGAUAUCAAGGGACUCUUGUUGUAUCUUGGAGAAAAGAUUUCACAAGGGUUCAUGUGUAUAUGGUGCAAUGAAGCGGGUCGCACAUUCUACUCCAUGGAAGCAGCUAGAGCCCAUAUGAUUGAUACAGGGCAUUGCAAGAUGUUACAUGAAGGCAUUGCACUGGCGGAAUAUGCAGACUAUUAUGAUUAUAGUGCAUCAUAUCCUGACCGUGAAGAAGGUGGUGGUGAGAUGGAUGUUGAUGAAGAAGUGGAAGACCCAGCAACACUGGAAGGGGAUGAUUUCCAAUUAGUCUUGCCUUCUGGUGUGACUGUUGGACAUCGCUCACUUAUGAGAUAUUACAAACAGAACUUGACACAAAGCAGUCAGGCGUUAGUAAAGAAGUCGGAUCGGAAGCUACAUCGCUUGCUGGGAGUGUACCGAGCCUUGGGUUGGGCACCUAAAGAGCAGGCGUUAGCUGUUAAGAAAGCGCGAGACAUCCACUUCAUGAAACGCGUGCAAGCCAAGUGGCAGAUGAAAAUGUCAAUCAAGAAUAACAAGUUCCAGAAACAUUACCGACCUCAAGUCAACUUCUAGUUUACUCUUGUUACUUGUACAGGUGCUUCUAUGUGCUAUCGACUGCAUAGCACUGUGCCAUGGUUGCACUUGUCGUUUUUAUUUAAUUACAGAUAAACAACUUUUAUACUUUAAAAGACUUGUUAUAUUAUUUAUUCAUUUAGAUCACUUUAUUCCAUAUACGUGGAAACAAUAAGCGAUACACAGAAAAAGAAGAAAAGCUAUGCUGUUGUGUACAAAGGCGGUCUUAAGCUAAGGAAAGCUCUUACAGUCGACCUGUGGUGAAAAUAAUAGAUUAAUAAAAAUCGGGAUUUAUGAUAUUUGCUACAUAAAAAAAUAUAUAUUGUACUGGCGCCAUCUGUCGGGCUGAUUUGUGAAUCUAAACCAUCCAUGGUGACACCCA